ACUGAGCGCUCCCGCGGGACGCCCGCGCAUCCUCCCCGACGGAUUAAUUUUUCUCCRCCUCUAUUUACAUGGUGAUAAGAAGUGCUAAUCCCACUCAGUCAGUCUGGACUGAUGAAUCUGAAGAGUAGAACAGAGCUCUGUGUUGUGWAGACGAACUGAUGGAUGAAGAUGAGAAGGACAGGGCAAAGAGGGCAUCACGCAACAAAUCUGAGAAGAAAAGGAGAGACCAGUUCAAUGUCCUCAUUAAAGAGCUUUGCACGAUGCUGCAAGGCCACGGGCACCCUCUCAAGAUGGACAAGUCCACAAUCCUGCAGAGGACCAUCGAUUUCUUACAGAAACAGAAAGAAAUCACAGCACAGACAGAAGCCUGUGAGAUUAGACAAGACUGGAAGCCUUCAUUUCUUAGCAACGAGGAGUUCACCCAGUUGAUGUUAGAGGCAUUGGAUGGCUUUCUCAUUGCUCUUACCACUGAUGGGAUUAUUAUAUAUGUAUCUGACAGUGUCUCAUCUCUGCUUGGACACUUACCGUCAGAUUUGGUGGACCAAAAUAUAUUAAACUUCCUGCCUGAGCGGGAGCAGAGCGAGGUGUACAAGCUCCUAUCUCCGCAUGUGCUCAUGACAGACCCUGUUGCAGCUGAUUUUCUGAAUGCGGAGAAACAAAUAGAGUUUUGCUGUCAUUUAGCAAGAGGCAACUUAGAUCCAAAUGAACCCCUGACGUAUGAAUAUGUGAAAUUUGUAGUGGAUUUUAAAUAUUUUACUCAUGUGCCUACACCCUCCUGUAAUGGCUUUGAGUCAGCUAUUGCACGAGCUUUCAGGUCAGCCACGGAGGAGCAGAUUUGCCUGGUAGCAACUGUUCGUCUUGUCACACCGCAGUUCUUAAAGGAGCUCUGCAAUGUUGAAGAGCCAUGUGAAGAAUUCACAUCAAGGCAUAGUUUGGAAUGGAAAUUUUUGUUCUUGGACCACAGGGCUCCACCUAUCAUAGGAUACCUUCCCUUUGAGGUCCUGGGGACGUCAGGGUAUGACUACUACCACGCAGAUGACCUGGAGCUUCUUGCUAGGUGCCAUGAACACUUGAUGCAGUUUGGAAAAGGCAAGUCCUGCUACUACAGGUUCUUGACCAAAGGGCAGCAGUGGAUCUGGCUGCAGACACACUACUACAUCACCUACCACCAGUGGAACUCCAAGCCCGAGUUCAUCGUGUGCACCCACCUCGUGGUUAGUUAUGCAGAAGUCCGAGCUGAAAGAAGGCGAGAUCUUGGCCUUGAAGAGUCAUCAAUCGAACUGGCAUCUUCCUCUUUAAAGAGCCCCGGCAGCUACGUGGACGUGCGGCGGUGCGGCAGCGGCCAGGAGGCGAGCCGCGAAGGGGUGUCGCUCUCGUCGCACAGCUCCCGCCGCUCCUCGCACACGGCGCUCUCCGACUCGGCGUCCACGUCAUCAAUGCGGCACACGGACACCAGCACUCCCACGAGGCCCUCAGUGCAACUGGGUCAGUCGGAGAAGGCAGCCUUGCGAGUGGCAUCAAGUGGAAGCACCCAGGCCAUAGCAACUCCUCAAGCCCCUGUUGACCAYCUCAGUCAGCAUCCUGUGGCUCAGCUGGCAGUUCCCUCUCAGCAAGCUGUGAUGCCAGUGUACCACCUCCCCGCGCAGCUGGGGAUGAUGCACCAGCUGAAGGAGCAGCUGGAAGAGAGGACUCGCAUACUGCAAGCUGACAUCAAGACACAGCAAGAGGAGCUGCACGUCAUCAAGGAGCAGCUCCAGCUAGUGCAGGACUCCAACCUGCAGAUGUUGAUGCAGCAGCCGAUACCCUUAGUCUUUAACAACGUGCCACACCAGAGUCCAAGGCGGCCGUCGCAGCAGCAGCAGCCUGGGGCAGCCAGGCAAAGCACAGCCAAGAAGUCGCAGCAGCAAGGCCUUACUGGGACCAAACACUACUGUGGCCCUCACUUACCGUCCCCACGCCAAUUCCUCAGGGAACCUGGUGGCCCUUCCUCCCAGGUUGCGCAGCAGCAGCAMCUGAUAAGAGGAAGCCAAGCGCAGCAGACGGGUCUGCCAGGACAGCCGAGCAUUUCAAUGUCCCUCUACAACAACCCCAUGGUGUUCUCGCAAGCGCGUCCCGUCGCCGUGUCCGCGCAYGUGCCGGCCGAAGGCGGUGACCGGCCGCAGCAGCAGGCUGAGUACAGCCAGGACAGGAGCCUGAGGUAGGCACCCGGCCGGGCCCAACCCUUCCCAGGCCGUAAUGGGGCAACGAGGUGACCCGAGGGCAGAUUCGUCCCAGAGCAGCCAAUCUUGCCUGCUGCGAUACAGAUGCAGCCGAUUACGGGUAGCGCAGUCCGACCUCCAGCCCCGGCGCCCAUUUUYUCCCCGUCGCUGAUGAUCCCACAUCCCACCUUCACGGCCCACCAGACGAGCACCCCAGUUCACCUCCACCAGUGGCCACAGCAACAGGUUCAGCAGCAUCGUCUCUUCCUUCAGAUGCAGGGUGCCGAGCCGGGGCCGGCCCAGCGUGUUUUCCAGCCGCCCCAUGCGUCGCAGCAGAGCCCCAUGGGCUUCUUCGUGCCCCCGCAGCAGCCGAGCCGCCACGCGCAGGGCCAGCCCUGCGGCCUGCCCGACCUGCCCGAGAUGCAGCUACCGUGA